CGUAAACACGCUACGUCCUACAGCUCGCUCGUGGUGAUUCGCGUCUAAAAACUAUUAUCAACAUGUCUCUCGGAAAAGCAGCCUGGAGUUUUAUAAAACCGGUCCGAGGGUUCUUGGUGUCAACGGAGUCGGUUGUGAAGCGCAGCUUCGCGGCUGUCGCUGAGGCCAGAGCGCUGCUGGAGCACGAGCUGGACACGAUCCGAGCCGCGGGGACGUGGAAGGCGGAGAGGAUCAUCACCUCCAGGCAGGGUCCUCAGAUCAGCGUGCAGGGCAGCCGUGGCACAACGCUGAACUUCUGUGCCAACAACUACCUCGGCUUGUCCAGUCACCCAGAGGUGGUGCAGGCGGGAAUCGAUGCCCUGAAGUCCCACGGCGCUGGACUGAGCUCUGUCCGAUUCAUCUGUGGGACACAGGAUCUGCACAAACACCUGGAGCAGAAGCUUGCAGAGUUUCAUGAGCGAGAGGACUGCAUCCUCUACGCCAGCUGUUUCGAUGCAAACGCCGGCUUGUUUGAAGUGCUUCUGGGCCCAGACGAUGCAGUUCUGUCUGAUGAGCUCAACCACGCCUCCAUCAUUGACGGGAUUCGCCUGUGUCGAGCAAAGAGGUUGCGCUACAAACACAUGGACCUCCGAGAUCUGGAGGACAAGCUCAAAGAGGCUCAGACCUCUCGCAUGCGUCUGGUAGUGACUGAUGGGGUCUUCUCCAUGGAUGGCGAUGUGGCUCCCCUGCCAGGAAUCUGUGACCUUGCAGAACAGUACGGCGCCAUGGUGUUCAUUGACGAAUGUCACGCCACGGGAUUCCUGGGGCCCAGAGGAAGAGGAACAGACGAGCUGCUGGGAGUGAUGGACAGAGUUCAUAUCGUGAACUCCACACUGGGAAAAGCUCUGGGAGGAGCAGCAGGUGGCUACACGGUUGGUCCAAAGCCACUCAUCGAGCUGCUGAGGCAGCGCUCGCGGCCCUACCUGUUCUCCAACGCCCUCCCCCCUGCCGUGGUGGGCUGCGCCACCCGGGCUGUGGAGCUGCUGCUCGCCUCUAAUGACAUCGCACAGAGCAUGGCGGCUAAAACCAUGAGAUUCCGUAACAAGAUGACGCUGGCGGGCUUCACCAUCGCAGGCUCGGCUCACCCCAUCUGUCCCGUGAUGCUCGGCGACGCGCGGCUCGCCUCGCUGAUGGCCGACGAUAUGCUGAAGCUCGGAAUCUACGUGAUUGGAUUCUCAUACCCAGUGGUACCAAAGGGCAAAGCCAGAAUUCGUGUUCAGAUCUCGGCUGCGCACACAGACGAGGACAUCGAUCGGUGUGUGGACGCUUUCAUCCAGACGGGCAGAAAGCACGGCGUCAUCUCCUGAAAAUGAGCAGGAACUGGACCGGUUCAGCAAACCUCCUGUCCCCUCACUUCAGGACACCUGUUACUCAAACAUUAUGACUGACACAGAAGGAAGUCUUAGUUAACGUUUAUAGGUCAAUCGACAAUGAAUCAUGUUUUUGUUCCCAGACUUUGGAUACAAAGUGCUUUUUACUGAAGGUUGUAUUUCAAGACAAAAGGGCUAAUAAUUCCACAUGUGCUUUAUUACAUCUUACAGAGAGAAAAUGCUGUUCUUAAAUCCACAAAUGUGAUUUUUAAAAUGAUGGUCAAAUCAAUAAAAUAGUUGCUUUGACUAAAAAUGUUGCUUUAUAGGAGCUUAAAAAUAUAAACUUAUAUUUCA